GUGACGCGGGCGGGUGGGGUCACGUGUUGUUUUUGCCGUGCCGCUCUCCCUCCCCCGCUCUAGUCUGUCUGUGGUGAAUGUUGUACGGCGAGAGGAGCCGCUGCCCCGUCCGGACCGGGGAUACGGAGCGCGUGGUCUCCCUGCUGGACGCCAUGCCUGCCGUCUAGCUCUAUGACGCUGGAAGCCGCACGCUUUAAUUCAUUCGCCGGCUCACUCCACAGCAGCAGCAGCGAGGCUCCCAUUCCUCCCAUGGCGGGUGUCCUCAACUGGGAGGAGGACAGAAGCAACCGGGCGGCCAUGAAGGUUCUGCCCCCGUCUCCCCCUCAGCCGGAGGACGCGUGUUACCGGCGGCUGUCCGGCCCGGCGCUGUCUCAGGUGCAGGAGGAGUGUGUGAGCAGCGAGAGUCUGCAGCCCGCACAGCCGCCGGUGCAGCCGGGAGACGAGGACGUGCGGAAGCGCGGCUACCUGAGGAAGCAGAAGCACGGCCACAAGCGCUACUUCGUGCUGCGGACUCACAGCCACCUGGGGCCCGCCCGCCUGGAGUACUACGACAACGAGAAGAAAUUCCGUAGCGGGCAGCGGCCGGGCUGCCCCCCGAAGAGGGUCAUCCUCCUCUCCCAGUGCUUCACCGUCAGCCGCAGGGCCGACGCCAAAAACAAGCACCUGCUGGCCCUGUACACCAAGGACGAGUACUUCGCCAUGGUGGCGGAGAGCGAGCAGGAGCAGGACUCGUGGUACCAGGCCCUGAGCGACCUCAUCACCGAGAACAAGUCGUGCCUGGACACCGAGGAGCUGGAGGACAACUACGGCGGGCUGCGGAGCGGGUCGCUCUUCAAGGAGGUCUGGCAGGUGAACGUCAAGCCCCGGGGACUGGGCCAGAGCAAGAACCUGUCCGGCGUCUACCGCCUCUGCCUGUCCAGCAAGGCGGUGCACCUGGUCAAGCUGAGCUCGGACGUCGCCUGCGUCCACCUGCUGCUCAUGAACAUCCGCCGCUGCGGCCACUCCGAGAACUACUUCUUCAUCGAGGUCGGCCGCUCGUCCUCCACCGGCGCCGGCGAGCUCUGGAUGCAGGUGGACGACUGCGUGGUGGCCCAGAACAUGCACGAGACCUUCCUGGAGACCAUGAAAGCGCUGAAAGCUUACUCCGAAUUCAGACCCAGGAGCAAGAGCCAGUCCUCCGGCACCAACCCCAUCUCCUUCAUCACCACCAGGAGAUACCUGGGCAACCUGCCCCCCAGCCAGACCGGCCUGCAGAGGAGAUCCAGGACUGAGAGUGUGGCCGGCACCCCUCCUACUACUACUAAAAACAGUGCUUACAGGUUUAGGACCUCCAGUGAAGGGGAAGGGACCAUGACCAGGCCGUUCAGGUCAGUGACUGGGAGCUUAAUCCAUUUAAACACUGCAAGGAUCAACCUGGGGAAGCAGGAGGGCACUGGGAGGUAUGUCAGAGCCCCCUUUAAUUCUGGGUACCACUCAAGAUCGGCCUCUCUGCCAGUCUCCCAUUUCCCGUCGGCCACCAGCCCCAUCAGUGUGUGUUCUAGUAGCGGCCUUGGUUCUGCAUCUGAGACCUUGACCAGGCCAUCAAGUUCUUCUGUGUGUGGAUCUCCAAGUGACGGAGGCUUUAUCUCUUCUGAUGAAUAUGGUUCCAGCCCAGGUGACCUCAGGUACUUUCGGGUAAGAAGUAAUACCCCAGAUUCAUUGGGGAACACCCCACCAAUCCAGGAAGAAAAUACCUUAAGCGACUACAUGUCCAUGAGUACGAGAAACCAACCCAACGGGAGGGAUGACUAUAUGGAGGCAGACAAAUGUUUCCGAAAAAGAACCUACUCGUUAACGAAACCCACCAGUAGUACACUACAGCAACACAAGUCCCAUGCUGCUGCUGCCUCCUUAGAUGAAGAUGACCUCAACAAGCAGUUUGCCUACUCUGAAUCACCAAAGUUGACAGACAGCAAUCAUCCCGAGGAUUACAGCAAUGGUCUCAUUAACUCAGUUUGUAACCAAAGUGGGAGUAAAGCCAAGGAUGACGGCUAUAUGCCAAUGAUGCCUUCUGUUUCCUAUGACAGUGACUAUUUGCCAAUGGCCCCUAAGAGUGCUUCUGCACCAAAACAAAUCAUGUCCAUGUGUCCUUCUCAGGUGGACUCCAAAGGGUACAUGAUGAUGUUUCCGACUGCCAGUUCACCUGUCAGAAACUUCACAUCUGGAAGCCUUUCUAAGGGUAACCAAGAGAAAGUUACCAAUGGUGAAUACAUGGACAUGUCUUGCAGGAACUCUUCAACUGUUAAACAAACCAAUGACUCUAACUUGAGUAAUUCCCGGGGGUUCAGCUCCUAUUUUUCUCUACCAAGAAGCUUUAAAAGUUCAGCAAAGCCCUGCAGUGAUCACAAUGAGUAUGUCCCCAUGUCCUCUCCUGGAAAGUUACUGCACUUGGGUUUGGAAAAUGCAACAGAUGGAGGAGAUGGUGAAUCAAAGAUUGACUUGAAAUCUUCCGCCAGCGUUCUGGAUCAACAAGUGAGGGCCACGAGGCCGACCAAACUUACACUGUCUAUGAGAGGGAGCAAUACAAUACCCAGGAUGUUUGACCAUUCAAAUCCCACUGAACCCACUAGUCCCGGGGAAUACAUCAAUAUCGACUUCAGCGAUAAAGCAAGCAGUACUCCUUAUUCCUUGUCUGCAGAAGGUUCACCAUCUUCAUUGGGCUCAAGCUGUGACCAUAGACAGUCCCCGUUAUCUGAUUACAUGAGUGUAGAUAUAGAUGUACAGUCCCCCAAAGCCUCAGCUGAACUUUCCAACUCUUUAACGGACAUUUCAUCGUAUUCAUGCCCUGGCAUUUCUAGAAUUCAGCCCAGUGCAGACUAUGCCAAGCUCCCGUGUGGUACAGCUUGUGUCAGUGCCACAAAUAGGAACGAGGACUACACCACAAUGACUUUUAAUAUGGCAAUGACUCCUCCAAGGCCCUUCCCUAGUGAAGCUGAGAAUGGUACACAGCUGGGCAGCCCUUCUUCUAUCGUGGACCGGUUGCGCAUUGGCGACGUGACCUCCUUUAACAGUGGCUUUCCUUCGGUUCUCCACCCUGUGUCUGAGCCUGUAGUCGGUCCUAAGGUAAUUCGUGCAGAUGCCCAAGGACGGCGGAGGCAUAGCUCAGAGACUUUCUCCUCCGCCAGCACAGUGACUACUACUACUACUUCCUCUUGCUUCACUGAAAGUGGCAAACGGCACAGUUCUGCCUCCUUUGACAAUGUUUGGCUGAAGCCUGAUGAAGGCACUUGUGAUCAAGAGAAAAAAAUGUCCAAGCACUGCUCCACGGGUUUCCAGCAUGGCUUAAAUUACAUAGCCCUAAGUAUGCAUGAUGGUGUCUGCGAGGCGUCCUCACCGGCCUGCAGCCAGCACCAGAAUGGCAGCAGAAAUUUGGAAAGUGGGGCUUAUGUGAGCAUCGACUUCACAAGAUCUGACUGUCUGAAGUGUUCUGCCUUCAGAAAAGACUGAGUGCAUUACCAUGGAAACCUGGUGAAGAUUGUCACGCCAGCCUUCUGCUGUAAAACUAGGCUAAGGUGACUCUGGAAGACGGCAUACACAUAUAGAACGCUUGACGCCGUGUUGGAUUUCAUAUGGACAUGUAUCUGCUUUUCCCACACAGAUUAAAUGUACAGCCAUUUAAAGCUUGUAUUAAUGUGUUGGCGAAAGAGCUGUUUUUUUUUUUUCAGUAAACUUAUUUUUGUGAGGGGUGGAAGAAAAAAAGCCGAGUUCUCAUGGCAUGUUUUACAAAAUUGCAUACAAGAUAUUGCUGUGUUCUCAUGAAGUGGCUCUGGCUUGUAAAAUGGUUCAGAACGGACUUCCAUGUUGCACUUUUGGUGCCAUUUUACACCCCAGAUCCGCUCUUUACGUAUUUUUGACAUGUGCUUCUAUAGCACUUGGGAGAAUUUUAAACUUGUACUUCAAGAACAUACCCUUACAGGGUGUAAGUUGUGUAAAUCAGCUUGCUUGUUAAUCGAUACAAGAUCUAAUUUUCUCGUACAAAGGAUACUAUGAUAUAUGUAAAAAGAAAUAUUUUGAAAGUUUAAUUUUUUUUAAGUCAAAGUCUAUGUAUUUUACUUGAUCUAUAUUAUGGAAAGAUGCCUCCUUCAUUGAACAAAUGUAUACGUUUGACUAUGGUACAUGAAGUCCCCCCCGCCUCUGCAUUUCUCACUUUAUACACCAUUGUCCUUCUUGUAAGUGGCAAUAUUAGUUUUAUUUAGCAUUAAAAAGGUAUUCCAGUUUUAAAGAUUACAUUUAUUUAGAGAAUAGGAUGUUGAAGAAUUUUCUAAUAUGCAUCUACUUAAAAUUUUGCAUCCAUAGGAUGAACAGCGCUAAACAUGGCAUUGGUCAUGUGAUCCAUCAUGUAACUUGGCAUUCAGUUAACUGCCCACGUUUCUAACAGAUGAAUAGUAGCGUAUUGGGGAGAAGCACAUGUACAGUUUAUACAAUGUUACUACCUGCUGCAGCAUCUCAACAUGUUUUGUGUAGAAUUUUUUUUGUUGUACACUAUAUUAACAUGACAUAUCACCCGGAGACAGGCAGCCGUUUUACAGCAUCACUCAGGCAGGCAUGUAACUACUGUAAUGUAGGUAUUGUAAUAAUCACAAUACAAAUCGUGAAUCCACCACUAAUCCUUUUUGCUUAUCACCUGGAUGUAUGCUGAUCCAGCACAUGUCACGGUACACGGCUUCUUACUGAAUGUCAGGGAUUAUAUGAUGUAUAGUGUCUCAUGACUGAUGUCAUGUUUGUUACCCUUUUACUGCAUAUAGGCAUCUGAUAUGAGAGGUAUGGAUACAGAAUUUUAAAUCCAUGUGUCUUAGAAAAGUGCUUUGAUUUCCUAUUAAACAAAUAAAAAUAUUUAAAACUGGAAUACCCCUUUAAGCAAAAGGUACAGUAUUAAUCUUUAUUAAGAUGUUCUCUGGCAUGUGCAAGCUAAAACAGACAGGAUGGGAUUUCCUACAUUAAUUUUAGAUAUUUAUUUACAUUGUUGCUUGGGUUUCCCUGUUUUCAAGAGGCAGAAGCCAAAACCUAAAGUAUAGGUACGACAGAGCAGCAGGUAAAUUCAGACGAUACACUACAGGAUGCGGUGUUACUCAGAGAAUGAAAUGAGUUGUAAUACAUGAUUUUAGUGGUUUGUGUUGGAACUGGCAUCUUCCUACAAAUGGACCAUUUGGUUUGUGCUGACGUUUCUGUUUCGGCGCCUCCUCUCAUUACUGUGACCAUGGUAUGCUAAAGCACAACCCUGCCCUUACUGUUCAUUGGCUGAGGAGGACAGUGAGGCGUACCCAGAGAUGGCUUCCCAAUCUCGAAGGCCAUCUUAACGGGGAUUGAUUUUAUGUUUAAAAUCUGAGCCUUGGUGUAAAGAUAUUUUGCGGUUAGAAAUCCAAAGUACUCGCUCGACAGAUGACCACUUCUCUAUCAGUUUGUCAUUUCUAGUAUCCUUUCCAAACCAGCCUUUUUAAAGUUUGCCAUGUAUUAAACUGAAGUAUUUGAGAGAUUUUGUUCUUUAAGGGUCUCCAGUCAGUAUUUUCCUUUCCCAAAUGAAAACUUCUCUAAUGUACCAAAAUGAUCACUAAGUCAGAAGAUCUGUAAUGCCACCCAACACCGGUUUUAUGAUUGAUGCCAUAGAUUUUUUUAUUUUUUUUACUCGAGAUCUUGCGGCUGCCAGUUUAGAUCUUACGAUGGAUGACCUCAACCUUAGUUAGUUCACUGUCAGUUACACAGGUACAGCAUAAAAUAUGCAAUCUUAGUUUACAAACAAAACUAAUUUAUUCAGUAUUGUGCUGGAAUAAUGUAAAGCAUAUCACUAGAUAAUAUCUUCCAGCUGUCAGUUUAUGCUGCUGUAUAGUUUAAAAUUUACCAAUGAUGGGAGAAUUGUGUGUCCUGUAAAUUUAAUUUCAUAUUGGAAAGUUAUUUUGUCUGUACAAAUUAAUAAAACCUGGUUGGUACUCUUUAUUACA